AUGGCUUCCCCGAAAGCUGCGUCCGAGCAGCUGCCCGCUGAGUCGGUGCAGGCACAGUCGCCGAACGGAGAGGUGGUGAACGGAGGUGUGCAGGAGAAUGCGGAGGAUGCGCCCGUGGCGGGAGUGGAACAAGGGAUGAAAGGGCUGGGAGUUUCGGAGGAGGCUGGUUCGGCGUUGCACCGCGCGUGCGCCGAAGGAAGGCUGGACGGGGUCCGGGAGGCUUUGAGCAGGGGCGUGGAGAGUCUGGAGGUGCUUGACGCAUCAACCGGCUGCACCCCAAUCGUCCUUGCUAUCCGGAACAACCACCCCGAGAUCGUGCGGGAGCUGCUCCAAGCUGGCGCCAUUGUACCUCCUCCGGCGGUGACCAACGACCAGCAGAUGCUCGCCCUGCUCUACCCUCCUCACAUGUACGGUAUCCCCCCUUGGCAGCAGCAGCAGCAACAAUCACAGCCAUCUCACCCUCAUCCCCAACACCAGCCGAACUCGGACUUCUACCCCCAGCCCCCAUUCUAUCCCUCGCAACCCAACGGCAACGGUAACGGUAACGGCAACGGGAUGUACAUGCCCUACCCCCAACCAGGACAGCGUCAGCACCGCGAGUCGGAUGCUGGGCAGAGCCAGGCGCAGGCCAACCUGCCCCCGGCGGACGUGGCAAAGACGAUUCCUUGCCGGAACUUUCCCAACUGCAAGUACGGGCACGGAUGCCUGUUCUUCCACCCUCGCCAGGACGCGCCGUUCUUCCCUCAACAGGGUUUCGGGUACGAGGGCGGAUUUGGUGGGUUCCAGCCGGGACAGGGGUUCCAGCAUUUCGGUAUGCCGAAUGGGGAGAUGGGCGGGCAGUUCCAGCAGCAAGGGCAACAACUCCCCUCGCACCCGGAGCAAGGGUCCGAGGAGACUGUUGACGCCGCACCGGCCAACGGGGAGCAGCCAUUCCAGGGCCAGCCCAUCCCCGUUCCCCAGCACCUCAACUCGAUGCCUCCUGCCUUCAUCCCUGGCUUCCAGCAACCUCAGCUCCCCAUGUCUCCCCCGCAAUUCGGCGCCUCGCCCCUCUCGCCCUCCAUGCUCGGCAACUCCCUCCCGUCCAUCCCUCCCGCAGACCAGUUCUUUGCUGCUGCCUCUCCCCCUCCCGCCAACGGCUUCCUCGGCAACUUCCCGCCCGCUUUCGUACCCAUGCCGAUGAUCCCUCAACCAGGGGCCAACGGUAACAGGCGUCAAAGCUUCAACCAGUUUGGCGUCCCCAUCCCGGCUGGUCCCGGCGGCGGCAAGAUGGGCUUCGGUGGGCCCGGCAAGAAGGCCUCGUUCUCUGGUGGACCUAGGCCAUUUGCUCCCGGUUUCCGAACUGGACCGUGGAAGGACGGAGUGCCGCCUGCGUGCAUGUUCUUCCCUCAGGGCAAGUGCAGGAGCGGAGACAUGUGCAAGUUCCCCCAUAUCGAUGCGGAGGGUAACGACUGCCGUCAUCCCGACCUCGUCCGCGGUGCUAUUCCGCCCAUGCCCGCCCCGCGCGUCAUCCGCCCACCACGCACGUACCCCACGUACGACCCCGCCUUCAAGCAGCAGCAGAUCGUCCUGCAGCAACAGCGGGCGGCUAUGCAGGUUGCAGCGCAAAACGGGUCGGCCACCUCGCCUACCGGACCCAGCGAGGAUCUCAGCAGCUCGCAGACCCUGACCGAGGCGUCCGUCUCGUCCGAGGCCACCAAGAUCGCCACACCGGCCGACAAGGGUGUUUCUACCCUGCCGCCUAAGCCUCAGACUGGUCUUGCGCCCGCUGCGCCCGUCCCGGCUCUCAUCCGCUCGGCAUCGCAGCCCGGUGUUCAGCGUGUCCACGCCAACGGCUUCAACUCCCGCUCGCACUCGCCCGCUCCCAGCAAUGUCUCGUUCCACGGCGGCGGGCACCCCAAGCGCGCCGCGUCACGACCGGGCUUUGCGCCUAUGGCGAACGGUGCGCCGAACGCUGCUUCCGCCCAGGCGGGCGCCAACGGGCACGGACCGAGGUCGGCUUCGACCGACGGCAAGGUCCAGCCUGCUGCGGCGGUGAAGCGGAACCAGCGUGUCCCCGGAGCGGAUGAGUUCCCUGCUCUCGGUGGCAUGGGCGGAUUGGACAGCAAGCAGGCAAGCCCGGUAGCAAGGGGAAGGACGGCGGCUGAGGUGCUUUCUGCUCCGGCUCCGGAGAAGCCAGUCGUUAAGGCUCCCGAGAGGGAAAACAGCGCAGACAGCGGCAAGUCGGACCAGAGCAUCGAGAUGGACUCGGACAACGAGUCUGACGGCGUCGUCAUCUCCGUCAAGCCCUCCUCGUCUACCCCUACCACCGCGUCCACCCCGGCGCCGGUUCCGGCUCCGACCACCGCCAAUGGGACCGGUACAGCCAAGCGCCCAUCCAUGUCCUUCGCGAGAAUGGCGGGCGGCUUGUCCUCCGAGAACACCCCAAUCGCCGUCAAGGCCUAA